AUGUCAUCUUCACGCGAGUCAGCUAGAGUAGCAAAUGCCCAACAAACGCUGGACACCUAUGCUUCGGUCGCUGUGGAUGAUGUGUGGGUUCUGUACGCGGUACAAGAGGGGGAGCCCGUGGCCGCCCGCAGGCAGCCUAGGGAUACACAUCAUUCCGAGAUCGCGGUAUUGAAUGGUGUCUGGCCGACUCACGUGUCUACAUGCUCGCUCAACCUACCCGGAUCCCCCAUCGAGCACGCCGCGUCAUUCUCACACCCAGACACUGAGUUUAUCACCCCAUAUCUCGUCCACCCCGCUGUACCCAAUAACCCAUGGCCGGACCAACUCGUCGUAGACGGUAAGUCCCCCGGCAACUCCAAAAAAGCUGCAGCCAAGAUUAUCAAAAACAAAAUCGAAAUAGCCGAAGCCAACGCCGACGGAAACUCCAUCCACAGCUACUCUGACGCCCAUGCCGGCACCCUGCAUAGCAUCCCUAAAGUCGGCCUAGGCUAUACCGUCAAAUAUGGGAGAAAAACUCUAGCAAACGGAUCGACCAGCAUUGGACCAAGAGCCAAUAUAUACGACGCAGAAAUCAAAUCCGACCAGAUCGCCGAACAAGUUCAGGCUAGUCGCAUACACCUAUACUGCGACAAACAGGCUGCUGUUCGAUCCAUCAUCCACUCACAUAGACACCCCGCCCAAUACGCUUCCCGAAUAUUCCACCGCCACGCCCACACCUUCUUAUCGGGCCACCCCAACCGCCAAAUACUUGUCAAAUGGCUACCGGGACACUCGAACAUUCAAGGAAACGAGCAAGCGGAUGAAGCUGCGAAAGGGACGAACGCUAGCAAACGAGCAUCGAGGUCGUGGAAGAAGAUCUGGGACGAACACACCGCGUCACGUCCGGACUCAUCCGCAUACAUCCCCAGAGCCCCGUCGUUUAAACUCCACCCGAUCUUCAAUAACACGACACUGUCCCGCAACGUACAAUGCCGGCUAGUCCAAUUCCUCACCGGGCACGGCCUCUACGGAGAAUAUAGGGGUCGCUUCCGCCCACACCUCAAUUCUCAAUGCUCAUGCGACGAAACAGAACAAACGCCCAGACAUUCGCUCCUCUUCUGCCCAGACACCGCAGAAUUUAGACACAUACUCACAAGUGCAUCGCCCAACCGCACAGGGAAAGAGCUGUUCGGAACACUGCCGGGACUGGAGGCAGUAGCUGAUUUCAUAUCUAAAUCGGGAAUUAGAAAGCUUGGAGACCCGCCGGCUACCGCUCAGAAUAUGCAGGACCUUACGUCCACUUCCAUACGUCCUUAA